CUGAGCCGGGGCUUUCAGCAUGGCCCCUUGCCAGGGGAGGCUUUAAAAGGGUGGGGGCGCGUGGCUCCUCUCACUCUCACGGCAGGACAACCCAAGGGAAUCAAAGCAAGGCAAGAUGACUCACCAUUGCACCAAGUUCUCCGGCCACUGGAAGAUCAUUGUCUUUGAUGAGGAGUGCUUCCAGGGCCGUCGCCAUGAGUUCACCUCUGAGUGCUGCAACGUGAUGGAGUUUGGCUUUGAGUCUGUGCGCUCCCUCAGGGUGGAGAGUGGAGCCUGGGUGGGUUAUGAGCAUGCCUCCUACCAGGGACAGCAGUUCGUGCUGGAGAGGGGAGAGUACCCCCAGUGUGAUGCUUUUGGAGGUAGCAAUGCCUAUCACAUUGAGAGAAUGACUUCCUUCAGGCCCAUUGCCUGUGCUAACCACAGAGAGUGUCGUAUGACUAUCUACGAGCGUGAGAACUUCAUGGGCCGUAAGGGUGAGCUUAGCGACGAUUAUCCCUCCCUCCAGGCCAUGGGCUGGUGCAACAAUGAAGUUGGCUCUUUCAGGAUCCAGUCUGGAGCAUUCGUGUGCUACCAGUACCCUGGUUAUCGUGGAUACCAGUAUAUCAUGGAGUGUGAUCGUCAUGUGGAGUACAAACACUUCAGGGAGUUUGGCUCCCACUGCCAGACCCCUCAGAUCCAGUCCAUCCGCCGUAUUCAGCAGUAACAACUUAUCCAAACCCUUUCUCCCAUGUGACCCUUCACCUUUGACCCUUGCUUCUUCCCAGUGCUGAAUAAACUGUCUUUCUUAAACCCUA